AUGAGCCAUUCAAGCCCUCUCCUACAGCACCGUCGAAGAGCUCUUGUUGAGAGUCUUGACGAAGUCCGCUUUGAAGGAACAGUCGCAAACAAUGUCGAGUCGUUCCUGAAUAUCCGUUUUGGCCAGGACACCUCUGGUUUCAACCGAUUCGCGCCACCGAAGCCCUUCAACUAUGCCCCCGGCACCUUGGUGAAUGCCACCCAGGCCGGCGCCGCCUGCCUGCAACCGCAACAGGAGGUUUCCAGCAUGCCCCUGUUUCACAAUUUCAACACUAUGUCAAAGGAUUGUCUCAAUCUCCGAAACGACCAACCAGCCAAAACUCUAUCUUCCGCCAAGCUCCCCGUCAUGGUCUGGAUCUAUGGCGGCGGGGACUCACUCGGGCAGAUCUACGACUCGGCCUACGACCCGACAAGGCUCGUGAACGGCGCUGCCCAGAAGGGCUUCCCGAUCAUCUACGUCACCGCUAAUUACCGCGUCAGGCCCUUAGGUUUGCUGCCUCUCGCGCAAUUGCCGCCAGCGACUCCCAGAAUAAGCACAUCGCCGGAUUUGGCGGCGUCCCGGACCAAGUCACCAUUGUCAGCGAGAGCGAGGGCGCAACCGGAGUGGUCUUCAGAUCACGGCAUACAGCGGUCGGGCAAGGCAAGCACCCUUGCAUACGAAGAGGCCGAUGACGGUUCAUUCUUCACCCUGCCGAUUCUCGCCUCUGACACGGACGUGGCCUUGUUCCUGGCCGCCACCCGCAUCAAGCAAGUUCUAGCCCUGUACCCCGUCUCCGACUUUGCUGGACUUCCCGCUAAGAACAUCUCGACGCAGUACUUCGAAGUCCUUCCACGCGAGCCGAAUGAAGCGCGACACCGGAUUCUCCUGUCCCGCUCUCUACACCGACCGAGCCCACCACCGCAACCUACCUGUUCGCUAUCAACCAAACGCUAUUGCGAUCCUGGUACGCGGACGCCAAUACCUCCUACCUCGGGGUCUCGCACUUCCGCGACAUCCCCUACGUCUUCAACCAGGCGCAGAGCAGUCCGCGAUACGCCCCGUACGCGACGGCAGCCGAUCGCAUUCUGUCCUCGGAGAUGAGUGGCAGCUGGGCGGCCUUUGCUACAUUCGGGUCUCCCUCGCACGGUAAUGAC